AAUAUGAAACAGCAUGAAAGCACAUGGGGGACCAUCCAGGAACCGGGGUACAUCUGCCCUCUAAUCUUGUUCUCGUACCACUGCACCUACGCCAAGAUCUGAUUGCAUCCUGUGCAGAGCUCCUGAAUCAAACAUGGCGCCGAAGUUUGGGUGCUCGUAUGCACUCUUUAGAGCGUUCCUGCGAUGAAUUCCCUGUGUGUCUUGUCCUCAUCAGGGAAUCUGGGGGUCCAGUUCUUGGUCAUGUUCGUCUCUGCAGAGUGAUAGGACUAAAGGACAGCCUGUUCGUGGAAUCAGUGGUUGUCAGCGAAGAACUACGUGGCAAAGGUUAUGGAAGGAAACUGAUGGAGGCCACUGAGCACUAUGCCCAUAGAAGGGGCUUUCAAAAUAUGCACCUUACUACCCAUGACAAGCAGUACUUCUACUCACAUCUAGGGUACCAGCUUUCUGAGCCUGUUCAGAACAUGGGCACUCUUGGUAGCUUGCUGCCUUCAGGCAUAUUUCAGAGCAUGACAAAGACAGACAACACCUCUGCUAACCUACCUGCUCCACCUUCACAUUCUCACUUUACUUCUCCAGCUCUUCCUGUAACACCACCAAACCCUCUUGCAUCAAAUCCCCCACCUCCUCCUCUUCCAGUCAACCUUUCUGCAUCUACCCUUUCUUCUCAACUUCCACCACUAAAUGUUCCUUCUGCACCUCCACCAGCACACCAUUCUUCUGACCCACUUCCAACUGUGGGUCCUUCUCUACAAGCACCCCCAGCUCCACCACCUCUUCCAUCACCUCCAUCUUAUCUUGCAAACACACAAUGUCCUUUUUCAUCUGAACCUGUUAACAGUACAGCUUGUUCCACAACCCCCCCACCACCGCCUCCCUUGCCUUUAUCCUUUCCUUCUACUAACCUACAGGCAUCUCCGUUAUCUUCACCCUCAGGACCACCACUCUUUCCUCCUUCCCCCAAGUCAACACAGCGUGCAGAGACUGGCCAAGCCUUACAGUCCCCAUACAAGGAUUUCCGUGGGCAAACAAUUUUCUGGAUGAAAAAGUGCAUUUGAGGGUGAUAGAGCAAGAUGGAAAUUUAAUUACCAUGGAUUUGUUUUUGGUUUUUUUCUUCUUUACCAGCUUCCCUUUCUUUAAGCCGCUGUGUCUUAGUGGUAAUACUCCUCCCAUGCCACUUGACUUUAUUAUUAAUACUUAUUAGUUUUUGUUCUUGUGCCAGAUAUCACUAGCAUUACCAUUGUUUUCCUCUGUCCAUGCUGUCUGCAGUUUGCUUUUUGUGAUGUUUUUGACUAAUGGAUUGUGGGCAAUUUAGAGUGGCAACUGCAAUGGAGCUUUGCUUAAAAGGACACUGUAUGCACUGUAACUGUCACAUCUUAUUGUAGUGGUUAUAGUGUCUGGAGCCCACUUGCACUGUCCUGCCAUUCAAUGUUAACCCUUAUAAUGUUUUAAUGCUAAACUAGCAUCCCCAGCGUGGAAGCAUUAGCCUAAGCAGCAAUGGAUUGCUAAGAGAGUCAGCUGACCGCUUUCAGCGUAUUGCAGCACUUUUUGCUCAUAUGAAUUGGUGUGAUUAGAAUUCUGUCAUCUCUACCGUAGCCAUAUCUCCAGU